ACCCCACAUGCUUUUCUUAAAAUAAUUGUUGAAGUAGAUGCACCACAAGUUUCCGUCCCCACAUUGCCCACAGUACAACACUCUCGCAGAGAAUCAUGGCAGAGGAAUCUUCAGCAAAAUGGGAAGGUAAAGCGAUGGUUGAGCUUGCAGGAACGGAUGCAGAAUCGGUAUGGCCCGCGAUAGAGGAUUUCUGCAACAUACACAAGUGGAUCCCCAUAGACACAUCUUACCGUGUAGAGGGCAUUCCAGGCCAACCAGGUCUCAUCCGCUACUGUGCUGCAGCCGUUAAGGGCGGCGAUAGUGGAGGCGAUGCACAGACGGUAACACCAACCGUCAACUGGGCCAAAGAGAAGCUUCUCACUAUCGAUCCCCUCCAACGCUCUCUGUCCUACCAAGUUCUCGACAACAACUUGGGAUUUAAGUCCUAUGUUGCCACUGUCAGAGUGUUCCCAAUCAACGAGGAUCCUAAACUUGGCUGCAAGAUCGAGUGGGGGUUUGUCUGUGACCCAGUUGAGGGGUUCACCUUACAAGCUCUUCAAUAUCUCGUCGAGUCCUAUGUGCAGUCCUUGGCCAAGAAGAUUGAGCUUGCUCGCUCUGUAACUGCUUAAUCGACGCUUCAUGAUUCUUGUGUCUGUGUUUUUCUCUCAGUUACUGCACUUUUUAAUAAGUAUAGAAGGGAGGGUGUGUUUGUUUCCAUCUCCAUCUGGUUUUUGUCGCUUUCUUUUUCGAUUUCUUCGGAACAUGUACCUCUGUGAUUUCUUUUGUAU